AUGUCUUUACCGGUGAGUUCAACCUCUUCUUCUCUCCCGAUCCAAGAUGAACUCAUUGUGAGCUGCUUCGCAAAGGUUCCAAGAUCUGACUACCCUUCACUAUCUCUCGUCUCCAAACCUUUCAGUCGUCUCAUUGCCUCUCCUGAGAUAAAUCUUGUACGUUCACUCUCUCAAUCCACUGAAAACGUUCUUUAUGUUGCAUUGGGAAUCUAUCAAACCCUCAAUAAAAAUCCAUGGAACGCGAAAACAAUAGGACUAAAUGUUUGGUAUACUCUCAAUCAAAAGCCUCAGAGAGAAGGAUCAAACCCUCGUAACCAUAAGUUGGUUCCAUUUCCCUCUUUCCCUUCUCUCCCUUGUCGGGGAGCUUCUGUUAUUGCUGUAGGCAACGAGAUCUACGUUUUCGGUGGAUUCAUCAACGGUGAGGUCACCUCUAACGUGUUUGUUAUUGACUCCCGAUUUUGCACGUCUCGCUUUCUUCCUAGCAUGCGUGUGGCUCGUAGCUAUGCUGCAGUCGGUGUUGUAGAUGGAAAGAUUUACGUGAUCGGAGGGUGUGAAAAGGUGGUUUCAUUGGAUAUCGAGGUUUUGGACGUCAAGGCGCAAACAUGGGAGUGUUCUUUGGGUUUUUGUAGUGAAGAGAUGUGGGAAAUCACAAUGAAGAGUGUUGUGAUGAAUGAGAAGAUCUACAUAAUGGAUGCUUUCCACAGCUUUGUUUACGAUCCUAAGACAGGUGAGUGGGACAAGGACUACUUGCUGGAUGAAGAAUGGGGAUGUUGUUCGUGCGUUAUUGACAAUAUGUUGUUCACUUUAGAUUAUCAGAAUAAUAUAAAAGUUUAUGAUCCGAAAGCUAAGUCUUGGACAUUCAUGAUGGGUGUUGAAGAUCUACCUAAUAUGAUAAGUUAUGAUGGAUCCAGAAUGGCGAAUCAUGGCGGAAAGCUUGCGAUUUUGUACUUUAAGCGUUAUGUCAAUCUAACAGAGAUUUGGUACACAGAGAUUGCAUUGAAAAAACGCGAAGGAAAAAAGAUUUGGGGGAAAGUCUUGUGGUAUAAUCUUGUGAUUAGUUUGAACUAUUUACCAACAAUUACUGAAUGUUUGGAUGUAAUGAUUUGA